CACAGCAGGCGCUGACACACUCCAACACACUCAGCUAGCCACUCUGCUAGCUAGCUGCCACACAUACACACACACACAUACACAUACACACACCUAUCAGGACUCCAGGAAGCUAAUAAGUGAGCCACCCCCUCCCUUGAUAUUUCAGACAUGGAUUUGAACAGGAUCUUGUCGCAGCUGGACACUGACAGCGAGGAGGGCAUCGAAAAGCUUUUGCAGCAGUACAACCGAGAGAAUAGUCACACCUUUACCUUUGACCCAAAAGAGGAGAGUCUGCGAAGUAAGCUGUGUCAAAGUCUCCUGACGGUGCUCGGGAGGCAGGUCCAGCCAUGCUGUCAGAGGACCUGUCUGGAGACACUUCGGAUCCUGUCCCGGGACAAGCGCGUCCUGGGACCCGUGGCCACCAAGGAAGGCAUGCUCGUCCUGGCUCAGCUGGCCAAGCUGCACGGGGGUGGCGAGGAGGAUGAGGAGGAAGGAGGUGACAUCAGGAACGGCCUUCAGAAAGACACACAGGCGGAGGAGGAGGAGAGGGUGGUGGUGGAGGCCUUGAAGUGCCUAUGCAACGUGGUGUUCAACAGUGUUGCGGCUCAGCAGGUCGGGGCAGACGUGGAGCUGGCACGGGGACUGUGUGCACGUCUGCACGCCGUCCGCACGGGGCGCCACGAGGUGGGCCUGUUCUCACUGCGCCUGCUCUUCCUGCUGUCUGCCCUGCGGCCUGACGUGAGAGGGGGCUUGCGGAGAGAGCUGCAUGCGGUGAGGCUGCUGACGGAGGUGCUGGAGCACACACUGGACGUGCGCUGGGUGGGUCCAUAUGAAGCUGCGCCUCCAGAUCUGCAGGCCCUACCCGUCCCUGCAGAGGACAACGAGCGAGCCAUGGAAGCACUGAAAACCUUGUUCAACCUCACACUGUCAGAUGCUGGUGAUGAGGAUGGUGACCACCAGCUCCGCCUCAUCGCUGCCAUCAUGCGUCAUCUGUUGAUGCUAAAGACUGAGACAGAGGAGAAAACAGAGGAAGCUCACAGCCAUGCUGUUAACCUGCUAAGUAACCUGCCUGUGUCCUGCCUGGACGUGUUAAUCAACGUGCCUGUCCAGGGCGGCCUGGAGGAGUACGGUGGGAAAAAUAUGGACACGGUACAAGUGCUGCUAGACUUCAUGGAGAAAAGAAUAGACAAGGGUUCGAACUACAAGGAGGGCCUGACACCAGUACUCAGCCUUUUGACUGAGGGAUCAAGACACCACAGGGAGAUACGCAGAUAUAUCAAAGCUCAGGUGCUUCCGCCGCUGAAAGAUGUGAAGAUCAGGCCAGAGAUCGGCACCACCAUCAGAAACAAGCUGGUCCGCCUCAUGACCCACGUAGACAUGGGCGUAAAGCAGAGCGCUGCGGAGUUUCUCUUCGUCCUGUGCAAAGAGAGCGUGGACAACUUGUUGAAGUACACAGGGUACGGAAACGCAGCAGGACUCCUGGUGGCCAGAGGACUCCUGGCAGGAGGGAGAGGGGAGACUCAGUACUCUGAAGAUGAAGACUCAGACACAGAGGAAUACAAAUCUGCUAAACCCUUCAUCAACCCAAUCACAGGCCACGUGGAAGAGCCCAUGCCAAACCCCAUAGAGGAGAUGACAGAGGAGCAGAAGGAGUAUGAAGCCCAGAAACUCGUCAGCAUGUUUGACAAGUUGUCAAGGCAGAACCUGAUCCGGCCCAUGGGGGUCAGGAAGGACGGGACGCUAGCACCCCUCGACGAGGCUCUGUGUCAGCCGCCAGAAGACAGCUCAGGAUCAGACUCUGACUAGUGCACUUCACAUUUAGGCCAUCUUUUCCAGGCAAACGCCCACUGGGCCACAACACAAAUACGUUCCGCAGGAAACUGUAGGGGCCGCGUCACGCCCAUAAGCCAUUCUCUAAAGCGGAGCUGGACUUGACACGAGGCAGGAAAACUUUCAAAUGGCACCAUUUUGCAUAGGAGUCUAACUUGAUUACUACUAUUUCUCAAUGAUUUUUUUUCCAUAUCACACUUUUUUCUCUCUCCCCCCCCCCCAAUACUUCCUUAAUUUGUGAAAAUGGAAAUACGGUAGAAAAUCAUUUGGACUGGAUCAUAUAUAUAUCUCACUGAAAGCACUGUUUGACAGAAGUGCAAUUGAGUCUAAAUCAGAAAUCAUUCCUAACCUGUGCUUAUGAUUUUCUUUGUUUCUGUUCACGUUAAACGAUGAAACGAUGAAAUUGUCCACUAUUUGUUUUGACACAUGGUACAAAUGCACAUUAAAACAUGAGAUCAUACUGCGUGCUGUAAACAGUGAAGCUACUCCUUGUUUAAAGUGUGAGGGUCUGUCACCGUGAACCGAGAGACUGAGGUAUCUUGGGCAAGGAGACUUCUUUGGCCUUUUCAACUGCAACCGCCUUUUGCUGAUCACUAUUAUAAAAUAGUAGUUACUGAACACCAUCACUUAAUUAAAAGGCCUUCACCAAAGCUGUUAAGUGUAUCAUUUGUUUCAUUCAACAUCAGAACUUUUAAAUGGAGAGAUUCUACGUUUUCCUGUGGUGGCUGAAUAGUAUUUGGAUUGUUUCUGCCUUACCCCCAUUGUGGAUCCUUGACAAAGAAAUGUGUGAAAUGAAAUGACUGUUUUCUAUUAAUGUACGUUUUUGUCCUUUUGCCAGUUCUGCAUGGUGUUAAAAUCAGUUCACAGAAAUGUAUAUGAUUUUUUUUUUUCUAUAUUGAAAACUGCUGAUUUUAUAUAAAUCCACAGGUGAGGUGUAUUUAUAGAUUCAAAUGACGGUUCCUUGAAAUGUAUUGUUAUAAUUUGAUCAUGUGUAAAGGCUGCCAGUUCUCCUGCUGAAGAAAUCUGCAUGGUUGGGUAUGACUUAAACAGAAUUGGUUCCUAGAGUGUACGUUGCCUUGCUUUGGAUUAUUUAUAAAUUGUUUAAAAAAAAAUGUUCAUUGCCAACUACACUACCAGAAAUUUGCCUGAAUAUGACUUUGUUACAGAGACACCCUGGUAAUAGGGAUGAACUAUAAGCACACGUUUAACCUAACUUGUAAAUGACCACUAUUGCCUACUCACACAAACUUAAUUCAAUAAAUAGAAACGCAAAAUAGGGUUAAUUUCCUCUUGCAGUCAGAUUCAUAAAGGCACAAAAGAUCCAACUCUAAACCUGUUGAGGUACAGAUCUGAACAUCUUGUAGCUAAUCAGAUUUCCCCCCCUUGUGACACAGUUAAAUUCAUGUUUACUGUGCCUCUAUGUAAAUGCAACCCUUAGUUGUUGUUUUUUUUGUUUGUUUUUUGCACAAUAAAUUCACGUAAUGCAUGUUGA